AGACAAAACUUGGUUUACAUGCACCACGUCCACACUGACCGCGAGAGAAGCGGGAGAGGGGAUUUGUCGUGAUAGGAAUGCACGCGCAAAGUUUACUGUGAAUCCUGAUUUACUUUAACGGAAGAGGAGGACGUGCCACUAUCUCACAACCUCGAUUUCUUCUUUUCAAAGGUGUAUACCUCCCACCCCGCCCCACCACGGCCCUCACCUGUGUGUUGCGGUGCUUCCCUUGUGAGCCGACCUGGGCCGGCAGCCCCUUCUUGCACCGCCCGCCGACCCGGCCCAUGGUCACCAUGACGCGCUCCAAAACUUUCCAGGCGUACCUGCCCAGCUGCCACCGUACCUACAGCUGCAUCCACUGCAGAGCACACCUCGCCAACCAUGACGAGCUCAUCUCCAAGUCCUUUCAAGGAAGUCAGGGCAGAGCAUAUCUGUUCAAUUCGGUGGUGAACGUGGGAUGUGGCCCUGCAGAGGAGAGGGUUCUGCUCACGGGCCUUCACGCAGUGGCAGACAUCUACUGCGAAAACUGCAAAACCACACUGGGGUGGAAAUAUGAACAUGCCUUUGAGAGCAGUCAGAAGUACAAGGAAGGCAAGUUCAUUAUCGAGCUCGCCCACAUGAUCAAGGACAACGGCUGGGACUGAGCGAGCGUCCUGGAGAGAGCAACGGGUGGAUGGUGAAUGUGUGGGUGAAUGACUGACUUUGGUUUGCCAUUACCCUCUUAAACCCUCUUCUACCCUCCAUCUCCUGCUGACACACACGCCCCUCGCCGGACCGGAAUCAGGGGAACGGGCCGCCCCGGGGGGCUUUGUGUGUCUGGAGGAGAGCGCGCGCAUGUGUGUGUGUGUGUCCGCCCCGGCACAUGGGAGCACACUGAGAUACAUGAAUGCAUACACAAGGUGUACAGACAUACGUGUGUAAAAACAACAGCAUACCGCAUGUCACGCUCAUCUCAGCCCGAUGGUUUAUACUACAAGCGGCUCUAUUCAUAAGCGUAUGUGACAUAAGGCAGGGCUCAGAGGGCACGUUGUGCUUGGCAGAAUCAGGGUCACGAGUUCGCCGAGCUGAUGGGGCUUUCUCCGAUUCGUGUCAGUGAGAAACUACCAGGCUGACCUUUCCGAAUUCAGCUGAGGUUUGCACCAUCUGCGACAGUGAGGAGGACUGGCAUGGAGAAAUCUCUGAAUGGAGCUCUGACGGACCAUAAGCAGGGCUUAAAGAAAUAGUCCACCCAAAAAUCAAGAUUGCAGAUGAGUUUGUUUCUUCAUCGUAAAAGAUUUGGAGAAGUUUAGCAUUACAUGCUCACUAAUGGAUCCUCUGCAGCGAAUGGGUGCCGUCAGAAUGAGAGUCUAAACAGCUGAUAAAAACAUUACAACAAUCCACAAGUAAUCCACACCACUUAAAAGCUGUGUGUUUGUAUGCAACUAAUUCAUCAUUACAUAAAAUAUAAGUCAUCUUGUCUGAAUCAGGAGAGAAAUAUGCACAGAUCAAGCAGUAUUUACAAGCAAAAACAGUGCAAAAUGUUUCUAAACUAAUUUUGAUUUUGAUGUAAGAGGACAACGGGUUGGAUUUUUUUAUUUUGUUGUUAUGAAUUAUGGAUUUGUAUUUUGUAUUAAGCAACAGUUUAAUGCUGAAUGCCAUUAUUUAUGGAUGUUUUUAUCAGUUGUUUGGAUUCUCAUUCUGGUGCAGAGCUAUGGUGAGCAAGUAAUUUAAUGCAAAAUUUCUCCAAAUCUGUUCAGAUGACGAAACAAGCUCAAAUACAUCUUGAAUGGCCUGAGGUUGAGUGUAUUUUCAGGAAGCUUUCAUUUUGAGUGGACUGUUGCUUUAAAGAAGUAAUUCACCCCCAAAAUUGAGAACUGUUCCUUUAAAUCAUCUACGAAAGGAAAAGUGAAGUUUACCGUCAUGCUUAACGCAUUAAACUACCAUCUUACUGAUUUUGGAUGAAACAUGCGCAUUACUAAGUGAAUGUAAACCUUUGUGUAUAGCAGUUUACAAGGUGUUGUAUCUGAACAUCUUUGUGUCUGUAUUCCAUGUUCCAACAGUUCGUGCUGUUCCCGGUCUCACGGUGUUCAUUUGUACUGACUGCUCUUGCUUUUUAGUGGAGUCUUUGGGGAAAAAGGACGUAAGACGAGACUGUACACUGCCUAUCUGUUAGGUUCUUUAAAUUAAAAACAUAAUUCAUCAUAGCUCCUCUGUACCCAAGACAACAAAAAGACACUUCAGUGUCUCCAAAAAAAAAAAUAAAUCACCAAAGACCCAACUGUAAAUUAACAAAAAAAGGCUUUUGUGCUUGGGUGCAGAGAAUGGUAGCAUGUGGGAUUGUGUUGUAUAGUGGAAAAAUAAGCUGUUUGACAUGUUUAACUGACACAUCAUUUAAAUGACAUGUGGUAAUAUAUAUGUGCAUAAACAUAUUUAUUCACCAUUACUGAUUUUCAUCUGUGUCAGGGAUUAAAUGGUCGCAUUUGUUAUCUGAGCAUUAUCGCGCUUUAUGUCUGGACACCAAACUUUACUACUUUUGUAUUCCAGUAAGAACUGUAGUGUAUUUUAUAAAUGGAUGAGGAGAGGAUAAUGCUAUUGGAACUCCCAUCAACAUUGAUAUAAAAUGUCAAUAAAACUGAAAUACUGA